AGAGAGACCAAACGUUCCUUCCUUCCCACCAACUCCCAAAUCCUCCCUAAAAAUAAGAACAAGAGGGGAGCGAUCGAGCGAGCGUGCGAGCGAGGGGGUUGUGCGUCAGUCAGAUCAACCAGCCGGCGGUGAGGCUGCGGGGGGAGAUGAUGGCCGGCGAAGGGAACGGGGACGAAGGGUGGAGGCGGAGCGGCAUCGAGGUUAGCGCCCUGCAGUUCGGCUACGACGGGCAGCCGCCGCUCUUCGCGCGCUUCAACCUCCGCGUCGCACCCGGCUCCCGCUGCCUCCUCAUCGGCGCCAACGGAUCAGGCAAGACCACACUCUUGAAGAUUCUUGCGGGAAAGCAUAUGGUUGGAGGAAGAGAUGUGGUCCGUGUUCUCAAUGGUUCCGCUUUUCAUGAUACACAACUAGUGUGCAGUGGAGAUCUUUCGUACUUGGGUGGUUCUUGGAGCCGUACUAUUGGUUCAGCUGGUGAUGUUCCGCUUCAAGGCGAUUUCUCUGCUGAGCACAUGAUUUUUGGAGUUGAUGGGGUUGAUCCUGUUAGGCGAGAGAAGCUGGUUGAUCUGCUAGACAUUGAUCUGCAAUGGCGCAUGCAUAAAGUUUCAGAUGGGCAGCGACGCAGGGUGCAAAUCUGCAUGGGUCUUCUUCAUCCAUACAAGGUGCUUUUGCUUGAUGAAAUCACUGUUGAUCUGGACGUUGUGACCAGAAUGGAUCUGCUUGAUUUCUUUAAGGAAGAGUGUGAGCAGAGGGAAGCUACCAUCGUGUACGCGACUCAUAUAUUUGAUGGACUCGAGACAUGGGCUACCGACUUUGCGUACAUCCAAGAAGGCGAGCUGAGAAGAUCUGGCAGAUACUCUGAUAUCGAAGAGCUAAAGAGCGCCAAGAACCUGCUGUCAGUAGUUGAGUCGUGGCUGAGAUCAGAGACCAAACUCCCAAAGAAGGAACUUCCACGUCCUGAGACCCAGGCCAGGCGUUCCUCGCCGUUGGACGCUUCUCCUUUCCGUUCAUCGCGCCACAUGGCCUACUACCGUUGAUGAUUUCCCGACUCGUACACAAUUUCCUCUUUUUCUGCACCAUUUUUUUUUUGUCAUGUAGUAGCUGUGAAGUAUAUCUAUCAUCAUCUUCUAUGCCUCACGCCCUUGUACACAUCAAUAGAUAUCCACAAAAAAGUUAGGUUAAGUUAGUUGGUCUUGUGUUGAUGAGCAGUUGUUGCCCAGCACGUUCAUCGCACUUUGUUUCUGAUAAUCUUAUGCCAGAAUUCAGUCCUUGUCACUCUCAAAGGGUCCUUUAAAUAUUGAGAAAAGUUUUCCCCGUUUAUCACGAGAAAGUAA